CAUCAAUAGAUCUUCUAAUGUACACCCAGUCGGCCAGCAGCUUCAUGACUGAUGGGACUUUACCUUGCUAAUUUCUUUCAUUAUUGUUGCCCCGACAUGAGGGGAAUGGAGAAAUGGACUAUGCAGCAUGAGGAAUGUCACAUGUGACUGUCGAUAUGGGACGGGGGACUAUUCAAAUGUCAGAUGACCCUUCCCUGCAAAUCACAUGUAUGUUAAUAUCACUACAGUUACAUAACAGAUAUUGUCCUUGAAAAUCGAUCGCAAAGGAAGUGACAUUGGAUUCAUGGAGUCACUUGAAACUACUGCAGGGGUGAAAAGCUCCAUUGAGGGUCAGGACAGAAAUGUUGCACAGAAAAAAUGCACAUCAGAGGCUGCACAGACUAGGAGGAGACCAUCAGUCGAGCUGGAAGGAAAGGGGUGGCACCAACAACGAGAAGAAGCUCACAGCAGAGACACAUGUGGUUUCAAAGAAAUGUCUGACUCAGGGAAAUCACUGCAAUUAGAAGAUCAGCACUCCAAAACCCAGUCCACAAGCCAUCAAGACUAUGAGGUGUCCUCAUAUCCACUGCAGUCCACAAAGUCGCUUUCUGUUGGCAGACAGAAAGUUUCUGCACAGUCUCCAGGACCUGCAUCUCACAGGAAGUCCCCCAGUUCACCUGAAGUCCAACAACAGUGUUCCCAUUCAGGGAUGGAUCAGCUGUCAGAGACAGCAGGUAAGGUGGAGCAGAAACCACAAAAACCUGGGAAGUAUGUUUGUGAUUACUGUGGAAGGGCAUGUGCCAAACCCAGCGUGCUUAAGAAGCACAUUCGCUCACACACCGGGGAGCGGCCCUAUCCAUGCAUCCCCUGCGGAUUCUCCUUCAAAACCAAGAGUAAUUUAUACAAACACAGAAAGUCCCAUGCUCACUCGGUCAAAGCUGGAACAGUGCCAUUCUCAGAACUUGGUUCUUACAAUGCCAAUACAGACCAGGGGUCCUUUGAAGGGGAAGGAGAGUUAUUCUCUGAUGCUGAGCAAAGCACGGACACGGACGAGGACACUCUUAAUGACCCGCUGCUGCUGCUGGACUCUCCAAUGGAGGGAUCAGAUAACACUGCUGUAAAAGUACUAAAUCUCAUAGCUCAGAAAAAGGGAGCCACGUCAAUGUCAGCUCAGGAUGGUUCAUCCCAACCCCAAGAAAUCAAUGCACCUCCUGCCGCUGCCGAGGCUAGUCGUGCAAUUCAAUCUUGCACGAUCAAACAGAGGCUCGCACUUCGGCUGUCUGAAAAAAGAAGCAGUGACUCUGACCACAACCUGUCCCUCCCAAGUCAGUCGAGCAAGGGCAGCACGGACUCCGGAUACUUCUCGCGCUCUGAGAGCGCCGAGCACCAGACCGGGCCUCCAAACACCAACGCAAAGUCCUAUCAAGAAAUCAUGUUCGGGAAGUGUUAUCGGCCAAGCCCAAAACAGGCGACAGCUUUUGUGGCCUGUAGCACAGAAAGCGAAUACACCGGAAAACGCUCGGAGAAAGGCGUUUCCCGCGUUUUCACCCAAGAGAAAGACACUGUUGAGUCGAUCAAAAUAAACACAAAGUCAUUCGCAAGGGAAGAGGUUAAAGAACCCCAGUUAGACGCUGGCUCUGAUGUGGGGCCUCUGAUCAGAAGCAACUCGAUGCCAACAUCCUCGGCAGUCUGUCUGACGAUGCCUCAAGCCCUCAGAGGCAGCCACUCGUUUGAUGAGAGAACAAGCACUGGGGGCAUGAGGAGACUCAGACGGCAGGCUGCUUUCGAACUAUCCGCCCAUGAUGGCCACGCAGAUGCCGACGGCCACGGAAAGAUGAGUGAGGGCGGCGUUUCACCCUCAGGAUUGGAAAUGGAAAAUUACCCCUCUGCGGCGCCCAGUAUGAGCCAUCAGCGACAUGCAAUGGAACUGGCAACACGGAAGCGCCGGAAAGAGAAGAGGGAAGAGGAGGAUUUGCCAGGUCAUUAUGAGGUCCAUCAUGAACAGUGUGAAGAAAUGUUUGACUCGAGCAAGGACUAUGAUGUAAAACAAGCUGCAGUGGGCAUUAUGGCUUUAGGAAAAGGACUUUCUCAGUGUGACAUGGACAUAUCAGUGAGUCCUGAAAUGUCUGGUCGAAAAACCUUAGGGAAUGUAAUUUCAGUGAUUCAGCACACAAACUCAAUAAACAGGCCUCACACUGAGCAGUCAGAAUCUUACAAAUAUCACGGGCAGAGACAGGAAAGUAUUUCUUCAUUUCAAGCCAUGGAGGCGAGUGACUCAUUCGAGAUGGAGCGGAGUGACAGUAGAUUAAGGCAAUCAGUUCAGAUUGGGCCAAAGCUUGUGCGGCAGCCCAACAUUCAAGUCCCUGAAAUCAGGGUCACAGUAGAGCCUGACAGUCCAGAAAAAGCUCCAGAGGUGCAGGUGAAGGAGCCUGAGAAGCACGUGGAGGAAUUUCAGUGGCCUCAACGGAGUGAAACUUUAGCACAAUUCCCUCCAGAAAAGCUCCCUCCAAAGAAGAAAAGGCUACGCUUAGCUGAUAUCGAGCACUCCUCUGGUGAAUCUAGUUUUGAGUCUGCCUGCACCAGUCUCUCCCGCAGCCCGAGCCAAGACAGCAACUUAUCUUAUAGCUCCACCUUCUCUUUUGACAGGGAAGAGAGCUUGAAGUCAGUCUCUCCAGCCAGGCAGGAUGAAUUUGGCAAACCACUCGAGCUCUUAGCUGUGCCAGGGAGUGGGCACUCCCUCUCAGUGCUCAACCAGCGUCAACAACAUGAAAUGAGACGCUCCUCCUCAGAGCAGGCGCCGUGUAACUUGCGCAAGGAGUUCCCAGAGGUACGCAGCAUAUCAUUUGACUAUGGCAGCCUUUCUCCGACAUCCAAAGUUAGACACGUGGACAUCAACGCUGUGAAGGAGAGAAGGAGGGGGAACUUGGUGCGACAGGAGUCAUUGAAUAUGGAUACUGAAGUAACACAAGUCCCAUCACAAGUGUUUCCACAGUACCUCAGCAGCACCUCCCCUCCAUUCACUGCAGUCACUGUUCUGCCGCAGACUUUGCCAAUAUUUUCUACAGGGAACACAUUUCCCCAGCUGUCACAUCCGAGCCUGCUGGUUCCUGUUAGAAUUCAGACUCACGUGCCGUCCUAUGGCAGUAUCACAUACACCUCAGUGUCGCAGAUUUUCGACAAUCAGUACGGCAGUGUAAGCUCCACAACAUCCACCCUUCAGAAUCAAACUUCACGACUCUCUGGAAAUCCUGAUUCCCAUAACGUAUUGGCUUAUACAAAACCGCCUUCGACUCACACCCUCAAUGUCGAAGCCCUCGAUUUGUCGUCGGCUAAGCUGAAGACGGGCAUCCCUCUCUCUCUGACCUCCAGAACCAUCUCAACCACUAACGCCUCCAGUGGCGGUGCAAACAAACGGAUGCUGUCCCCUGCCAGCAGCCUGGACCUGUUCAUGGAGGUCAAGCAGCAAAAACGUGUGAAAGAGGAAAGAAUGUUUGGGCAGAUUGUAGAGGAGCUGAGUGCUGUGGAGCUGGGAAAAUGUAAUUUGAGCGAAGAGAAGGGGCACAGGUCAGAGAUGCAGGGUGCAUCAACACCUCAUGCUCAGGAUGACUCACGUAGGAGUAAAUUUAUCACACUUCAGCAAAAAGCGACUGAGGCGACUGACCACGGCGGCGAGUCAGCUAUGGAAAGCAGCUCGCCUCCUUACUCCAUGAUAUCAGUCAGCGAAGUGAAAGAAGUUGGCAUGGAGAAACGGGUGCAGAUGGAUAUGGCGGCACAGCUGGUUACCAGUCAAGACAUCCUGAUCUCAGACACCGAGCAUUCGAGGCUGUUAUCUCAGUUUCCAAGUCUUCGCACGACGACAGGUGUGAGCUGGUGUUAUCUCAACUACACCAAGCCGAGCUGCUCCCACAGCAACGCCCCGUUCGCCUCCGUGUACGCCACCUGGUGUGUGAGUUCCCACAACCCGAACCCACUGGAGCUGAGUACCAGCACUGCUCUGGCUCUGCUGCGGUCCAAACAGAGGGGAGACAAGGUUAUUUACACCGUGGCCGCCAUGUGUCAGCCUGGCACUGGGAAACUGGUGUCAUCCCUCAUCCUGUGGAGGCAGACCAUGGAACAGCUGCAGAGGAAACCGGAGCCCAAAGAGGUGGACAUCACCUACGGGAAGAAGGUGAAAGACAUCAGCUGCAGAGUGAAAACUGCCAAGGAGGAGUGGAAAGAGAGGGAGGCUUCCACAACCCAAACAGUGCCAACACGAAUUAAGAUCUUCGAGGGAGGAUAUAAGUCCAAUGAAGACUAUGUAUAUGUCAGAGGUCGAGGACGGGGGAAAUACAUUUGUGAGGAGUGUGGCAUCCGCUGUAAGAAGCCAAGCAUGCUGAAAAAACACAUCCGGACCCAUACAGAUGUGCGACCGUACAUCUGCAGGGUUUGCAACUUUGCUUUUAAAACUAAAGGAAACCUGACUAAACAUAUGAAGUCAAAGGCGCACAUGAAGAAAUGUCUUGAAUUGGGAGUGUCGGUGACGAUGGAUGAGACAGAGAUACAGGAACAUGUGGACGACAUCCAACAAGAGUCGAAGGCAGAGGUGGCUGUGACGACCAAACACCAGUUCUCAGAUGCCGAGGACUCUGACGGCAUGGAGGAAGAAGUCGACGAUAUCGAUGAAGACGAGGAGGAGGAUGAUGAAUAUGAAGGCGAUUCCACUCCGAAGCUGCGCUCAAGAAGCACGAGUCCUCAGCCGUGUGGAGUUACAUCUCUGUCGGUUACAGCCACGGCUGCCAUCCACGGCUGCUCUCUCACCUCUCUGCCCGGAGUCGACGUCCGUCAGCAGUCGUCCACCAGGCGUUUGGGCUCCGAUCAUCGACCCGUCCUCGCAGCCGACCAGAGAGAGAAGUCGGUGGAUGAAGACUCCCUCACCAUGCUGUCUCCGGACCAGAGCAGCUUCCUGUUUGACCCUUACUCUUCUUGUCUGCUCUCUCCUGGAUGGGAGUCUCCGAUCAGGGAGCCCUCGCCUUCGCGUCUGCGUUACCCGUCCCCGAGGCGAGAGCUUUCCCCGCGAGGUCGCUCCUCUCCCAGGUGGGACACGUCUCCACUGAGGCCCGGCUCGCCCGGCUUCUCGCCCAUCCAGCACCCCUCACCGGUCUCCAUCGAGCGACCCUUGUCUCCUGGAACAGAGCUGGCCGGAAAACGGGAGUCCUCAGUCAGAGGCAGGCAGAGGGUUGUGCUCAGGGCUGUUUCACCGCGCAGAGGCUCCCACCAACAUAAAGGCGGCGGUGAUAAAACCAGACACCAAGCAAAGAUGGAGAUGGCUCAACACCAAGGAGCCUUUGAAAUGGAAAUGGAUCAAAGGAGCAGCUUGGCUUCCACUCUGCCCGGUGCUGCCAGUUCUCAUCAGCAGAACAUCCUCAGCCACCUCCCUCUUCACUCCCAGCAGCAGGCCCACAGUUUGCUCCCCGUCGUUCCUGUCGGAGGGCUCCAGAUGUUGCACUCCCCGCCCUCCUCCAGCACUGAUGUCAGCCCCUCCUCGGCGCCGAGCCCCCAGAGCAGCGAGGGCCAGCGCUGCAGCAGCAGGGAGGGAUCUGUCCACGGGCCCGAGACGGGAGGAGAUGACAUCGGAGGCCCGAACCAGCUGUCCUGCCAUCCAGCCGCUCAGGAGAAAAGCCUCGAACCCGGAGUCGGGGACAGCAGGCAGGAGGAGAACGUCCAGACCUGCUUGAAAGCCAUCGCCUCGCUGAAGAUCACCACAGAAGACCCUCAUUAAAACCCCUGUUUCCGUCUUCUUGAUUCGAUCCAGGACCAGGCGCCUCCCCGCUACACAAUGUCAUCUUCAGCCCUUUAGGCACAUAACCUCAUCUUUAUCCCAUUAGAGGCAAUAU